UCUAGUGACUACGUCUUGAUUCUAGAGUAAAAUUUAGAUUUUGGAAUUAAGAUUUGUAAAUUGCUAUGAAUGAAAUAAAGUAGCAGAAAUUUGUGCAUUUAGCGAUCCGAUUUCCAUAUAUUCCUUAUUUUUAGUUCUACUGUCGCUUAAGCAUUGGAAAGAUGUUUAGUCCAUUUAUGUUUAUUUGAUUUAUUUAUCAACACCAGGUUAUAAAAUAUAUAAACUAUAUUACUUUAUUUACUUACUACUCAAACGGGAUCAUGGAAACGGUUGACGAACAUCUAGUAAUUAGCUCUACUAUAGAUGAUGUCAAAACGCAAUUCCACGAAGUAAAACCGACCGACAUUGCCGAUUCGAAUGUAUGUCACAAGUCCAAUGGAGUUGACUCUACUUCAAGUGUAGAAGUUAUAGUUGAAUCAGUUGAAGAAAACAAUAUCUUAGACCCUGUGCCUAAAGAUGUAGUUUGUGAGAAACCGGAAGAGAAAAUUCCUGAAUCUGGAGAUAACAACUCUGAACCUGCAAGUAAAGUUAAUACUGGCAUUACCGAUUCUUUCAAAAUAAUUGACAAUAGCGGCUUAGAAGAAACUAAGGGCCUUGCAGUUUCUGGUGAACAGUGUAAAGAAAACCCAGUAAUUUAUUCUGUUGAAAUUAUAAAUGAGGUUUCUAGUAAAGACAUUGAUAGUAAUAUUGAACAACCUUGUGUUACUAAUGAAACUAUUGUACCAUCUCAGGAUAGUAAAAAUGUUAAAAAUGAUGUACUCUCCUCAAUGGGUGUGGUAGAAGACCAUGAAGAAAAGGAGAAUAGUGGAAAUUUAGGUUUGAGUUCCACCACAGAAUUGUGUAAUGUAGAAUAUUCAACAUUAAUUAAUGAAGGUGUUCAUUUUGAAACUGAGGUAUUAAUAGAAAAGAAUGAUAAUGAUGUGAAUGAAAAUGUUGUUCAAACAGAAAUAUGUUGCAAUGAAACUGUUUCUGCCAGUCAUAAUAGUAUUUUAAGUGAAUUGGAAGAGAAUAUUGAGUUAAGUGAAGUUCUUCAAUCAUCAGAUGUCAAUGAUUCUUCAGAAAAUAAUAAUUCUUCGGUAAAAGUAGAAGUAUUUAAUAAGGAAGAAUUGUUAGAUAUUUUAGAAGGUAACGAUGUACCCGAUCUGCAUACUGAAGAGAUUGUGAAAGAAAACACUGAAAUAAUGAGUUCAGACCAGGAAGUUCAGCAAGCAUUAAAGCAAAUUACGAUGCUUAAAAAAAUUAGGAAACGGAGAACACCAAGAAAUGAACAACAAAUAUACAUAAAACAGUUAAAAAAACCUAUCAAAGAAAAUUUUGAAAACAAAGAGGAUGGUUUAAAAACUGAGGUAGAUGCUGUGAUAAAACGUAAUACACCAAAAAGCAAGGAAAAAGAUAAUUUAAAAACAUCAAUUGAAAAUCUAAAAGAUACAAAAAGUGAGCUGGUUGCUCUGGCAAAACGAAGCACAACAAAAAAUAAGGAAAAAGAAAAGUUAGUUGAAAAUGUUGCUGUAGAGAAAGAAGAACCCAAAAAUGAAGUGACUGUUGAAUCUCUUGCAGAAAAGGAUAAAAAUAUUGUCAAUGAAUUAGUUAUGGAUUGGGAUGACGAUGAACAAAUUGAAACUAACAGUAUAGACCUAAAGGCUGAAAAGGGUGACUUAGUUGAUGAGAAAGAAACCGAAGUGGAAAAUUUAGAAAAUAAUGCAGAGCAAACUAGUCAAUCAUCUGUUGAUUGUUUAGUUAGUGAAGAACAGCAGCAUAAUAAGAAUAUUGAUGAUUGUACAGGCAAAAGAAGAUUGUCACGUGUUAUCAAGAAAAAGGUUAUUUAUGAUCCUGACAACCCUGACACAUUUACUAAAAGCAAAAUCCCUUCAAAAACUCUCACUGGCAAAGAACAACCAUCUCUAAAAAAGGGUAAACUUGAAACACCUAUAUUACAACAGAGGAAGUCAAGAAGCCCAUCAUCUAAACUUCAAUGGAAAAAACCUAGUCCAAGAAACAGCAAGCAGCACAAAAGAUUAACUGAAGUAGAUAAGUUGCUAAUGGAUGAGGGUGCAGUGAAUAUGAUUUAUCAAUUAACUCCUGAAGCCUCUAAAGGUAGAAAAAAUGUGAAAACCAAAGCUGAAUUUAUAAAAAAAUUACAAAGUUCAACUCCUGAUGGAAAGGAAAUGAAGUUCAGAGAAAGAAAAAAAGAGUUGAAAUAUGAAGAGGGUGAGGCAAAAAAGCUUUCAGGUGGUAAACAUAGACCUUCACUAAGUAAUUCCGUAAAAUCUCCUACAGCUAGUGAUGAUUUUGAGACUCACAGUGCUGAUGACUCAAUCAUUUAUCGUCGCCAUUCCUCAAGUUCAUAUUCAAGUAGCUGCAUGAGUCCCCGACGUCUGAGUGAUGUGGAAGGCUCUCAAAAUACCAAGCAAACAAAAAUAGAUGCACAAACUCUCAACACAAAAAUGAAUGAGUCACAAGAUCAGUCUCAAGACUCGACAUUUUUAUCUGAUGUAAACUUAACUUUGAUAGAAGAAAAAAGUGACCUAAUUAACAAAGAAGAUUGCCUUUCUUUAAAGGAAAAGCUUAAUACAAAGUUGUCUCUUGCGCUAAAUAAAAGGAAACGAGAGAGUUUGACAUUGGACAAACCAGCUAAACAGAAAAAACUAAAACCUGAAGUUACCAACUUGAGUGAAAAAGAAAAUUCUAAUAUGUUUAAAUUUGUAUCAGUUAAAAUAGAACAGCACCUGGCAGAAAUUUGUCUGAAAAAAACAGGACUAAAGGAUAGCAUUGAGGUUUUCAAUGAAAUAAAAAAGGCAUUGUUAAGUAUAGAUGAAAACCCAGAUAUUGCAGUGACCUUGCUCUCCUCACAAUGUGGAACUCUCUGCUCUAGUCUAGACUUGAGCAUACUCUUAGAUGAAACUACUGAAAUCAGGCACAAAAAUGCAUACAAUCUUGCAGAAUCCGUAAGGGCGCUGUUGUCUGCUGCAAGUGGACACAGCAAGCUCCUUUGCUGUGGCGUAUGGGGCGCUUGCUCUGGGCCGGCAGUGUCACUAGUGUCUCUAUGCGACUUGGCCCUAGCGUCCGAAUGCGCCACCUUCGCGUUGGCCGUACCAGCCGCACCCCCAUUGCCUGGCGCUGCUGCCAUUGUUGCGCCACAUCGCGGCCUACCGCACUCACUGGUGAGUGAUUUGGUAGUCCUUGGUCGCCGUAUAUCAGCGUCAGAGGCACUGCAGGGCGGACUUAUUAGUCGGACUCUGUGGCCUGACAGGUUUGACGAACAAGUCAGAAACAUUGUAAGGGACAUCGCCCUGGAACCACCAAACGGCACAUUGCUUAAGAAGCGUCUUCUUACUCUGAGGAAGUCUGGAGGAACCGAGCCGUCUUUCUUGAACAGCUUGGAGUCUGAACGGGAUCUUCUUGUUACUUACUGGACGUCCGAGGAAGGUCAGGCCCUUUUAAGAGCGGCUCUUGACGCCGCUUAAACUGUACGACUUUAACUAUUAAACCGUUUCCAUCUGAUACAAUUGGAGGUAAUAUUUUAAUUCUUUACUAUCUAAAUGACCAUUGUGCGAUUAUUGUAUGCGGCUAUGAGCGAUGUACUUCAGUAUCUUUAUUUUGUAACCAUACAUUUAGAUUUUGAAAUAUUUAUGUAAUUUUUUUAUUGAUCUAUAUGGACAGUCACACUAUGUCACCAUAUGAUAUAUAUCAGUUUUUGUUAGGAUAUUAAAGAGGAAAACAACCGUGGGAACGGUCCAAUUAAUCAACAGAUGGAACGGUUAAAGUUUUUGGAAUUUCUUCAUAGUUAACUUUUAGUAACAUCUCGCUAUUUUUUCUUUUUAAAACUUGUUAUAACACUAUUUGAAAGAAAGUAUUGUUUACUAAUUUAACAUUUUUGGGAACGGUAUACUUAAAUGUACGCUGUUAGAUGAAUCGAUCGAGAAUUUAUAUUUGCUUUGUAUAAAGUGAUGAAUUUUAACAUGGUCAAUUAUAAAUACAAUUUUAAGCUUAUAUUAUUCACUAUAAUAUAGGCUUUCUGACCAAUUGCGUUAGCUAUUAACGUUAGUUUAUGUUGGUGGACAAUUUCAUAGUAAUUGAAACUAUAAUUUUUAUUUGAAACGGUAAAUAUAUUUUUAUACAUUAUACUAAAUCAAUUUAUAAACACAUGAAGGGAUAAUGUGUUAUGUAUGAAACGUAAUAUAAUGGUGUCCUGUAAGGCUAGUUUUAUUAACGAGUUAAAUAUAGAGUGAAUGGUUUGAAUGGGAUUCACCUAAUCAUAUCGAAAUAGUUUUUCAAUGUUAAACGUGUUUUAAAUAUACAAAAUUAGAAUUAAUUAUUGUUAAGGACAAUUGAAUAAUAUAAUUUGGCAUUUUUUUGGUAACGUCAAACCAUGAUUUUAAAGAAAUCUAAGAAUAUAAGAAAUGUUUUACGUUAAAGAUCACUUUCACGUUUUAUUUGGUAAAAGACUGCUGUUUACAUUUGAACGUGGUUAAGACGUUGCAUGUUUUGAAAAAGUGUUAAAUUAAGGGUUUUAGAUUUUAAUAAAUAGAUUAUAUUGUUAUGUUGUAGAGUUAAUUGUUUAUCUAUUUGUUUUAGAUGUUUAUUUCUUUAUAUAAAGGAUGCAAAAUAGUUUAUGAUUUCAGCCAAAGUUAUGCACUGACCUACAUAUAAAUUGAUAAAUUGUCAUAAGUGACGUAAUUUACAUACUAUCUUUUAAUAUUAAGUAAUUUACAUUUGUAUUUUCGGUGCAAUUCAUUCCUCGCCCUAAAACCUGUUUCUGUAGUCUGGCUCGCUGUCGCAUGAAAACUGUGGAAAUUACAAUUUUUAAUUUGCCUCAUAGCAUCCAGCUACGUUGACGGAUUUUUGCCUAGGGCUCCUAAUCUGUGAAGUCCACCUUGAUUGGGGUAUCAGAUUAAUUUCGAAUACAAGUAGGUUUACCUAGAUGUAAUUUGAUUAGUUUUAUUUGUGUUUAAGCAUAGCAAUAACUUAUUUUCUGUUUUUUGGAGAAAAUAAAGUGCCUUUCUUA